AUGUUGAAUGAGUUUCUGGAUCCGCCCCUGCUUCGAUAUGGAGUUACGGUAGAUCCUUUUUUGGUCGAAGCUCUGCAGAACCCUCGCCAUCGUCUCACGAUCAGCUUUGGUGUUCCUUCGUUGAUUAGGAGUUUUCUUGCUGUUGCGAAUUCGAAUUCUUUGGGGAACUUCACGCAGCCACAAACAGUUUCAAGAGGUACCAAGUCAAGUUCAGGAGAAGGAGAGGCUCAUGAGUUGCCUCAGUAUGGACUCACUGUUGGUCUUACCAACUACGCUGCAGCUUACUGCAUUGGGCUUCUUUUAAGUGAUUCUGUGUGGGUGUGCGGGGUUGAGGUCUGUGUUUAUAGGUCAGCAGGUUCAUGGCUAAAAGCUUUUUCAGUACGUGGAGAUGAAGAUGAAGUGAUGUGGAGCUCCAUGAUUUCUGCUGAUGGGUUUCAUGGACAAGGGGAAGAGGCUAUCAAGCUGUUUAAUACCAUGGUGGAGGAGACAGAAAUGGAGAUAAACGAGGAAUUCUCACCAAUGGAGAAGGUUGGUGACAUGCAGAAAGCUGUGGACCUCCAUGAUGCAAUAUUGAAAGGGGUUUUUUAGCUAACACUGCUAUAUACAAUAAGUUGGUUCGCGGGUUUUGUAGAGAAGGGAGAAUGAAUGAAGCCUAUAAGAGUUUGAUUGUCUACUUUCUUGUAUAUGUAAAUAUAUGCCUUGUUAUAUAAUAAUAGUCAGCUUCUUUCGCUAGAAAACGCAUUGACUGACUAUGUCCGUGAGCUCCAGUCCG